AUGGAAGACAUUCCACAAUUUGCAUUCGAACCAACAACUCCCGAAAAAAAAGAAACAUUUUUUCAACGCAUAAUCUCCUCGUUUAAACCACUACCGGCAAACGAUGCAGAAACACUGCAGAAACCCACCGAUGUAGCGCCCACUACUGCGGCCGAUGAUGAAAGUGGCUUGAAACGUACAUUAAAAGGUCGUCACUUGCAAAUGAUUGCCAUUGGCGGUUCAAUUGGUACUGGCCUAUUUGUUGGUAGUGGUUCUUCGUUUACGAGCGGUGGUCCGGCAUCAGUUCUCAUUGGAUUUCUUAUCGUCGGAGUCAUGCUUUAUACAGUUGUACAUGCUCUCGGAGAACUAACAGUUAUGUAUCCUGUACAAGGUUCAUUUAACAUAUAUUCCACACGUUUUUUGGAUCCAGCAUGGGGUUUUGCAAUGGGAUGGAAUUAUGCAUUGAACUGGCUGAUUGUUUUACCACUUGAAUUAUCGGCAGCUGCGAUAGUAGUUGGAUACUGGAAGAACAGUGUACCCAUAGGAGUUUGGAUCACUAUCUUUUUCGUUCUUAUCAUUAUUAUUAAUUUAUUUGGCGUUAGAGGCUAUGCUGAAGCCGAAUUUCUUUUUUCAUCUAUAAAAGUUGUGGCCGUCAUCGGAUUUAUUAUUCUAGCUAUUGUCAUCGAUGUUGGAGGUACACCUGCUCAUAAGUAUUUCGGUGUCAAGACCUGGCAUGACCCGGGCGCAUUUCGUCAUGGAUUUCAUGGCCUAUGUACAGUCUUUGUUAACGCAGCAUUUUCAUUUAGCGGUACGGAACUUGUCGGUCUGGCUGCAGCUGAAACUGCAAAUCCUCGGAAAACACUGCCACGUGCUACGAAACAAGUGUUUUGGCGUAUUGCUAUGUUUUAUAUCAUAAGUCUGUUACUGAUCGGUUUUAUCGUUCCAUACAACGAUGAUCGUCUAUUGACUGCCGGUAAAACAGCAUCAGACAGCCCAUUCGUUAUAGCAAUUGAUUUAGGUGGCGUUAAAGUUCUGCCUAGUAUUUUUAAUGUUGUCAUUCUAAUAUCAGUUUUGUCCGUUGGCAAUUCAUCAACCUACGGAUCAUCACGAACGAUUGCAGCAUUAGCUGGUGUUGGACAAGCACCAGCAAUAUGUGGGUAUAUUGAUAGGAAAGGGCGACCAAUGGUGUCAUUACUGAUUGCUAUCCUCUUUGGAUUUAUUGCCUAUAUUAAUUUAGCGAAUAGUGGACCAACUGUUCUGUAUUGGCUAUUGGCUCUUUCUGGUCUAUCGUCAUUUUUCACAUGGGGUAGUAUAUGUGCAUGUCAUAUUCGUUUUCGUCAGGGUUGGAAAUAUCAUGGUCAUACGUUAGAUGAAAUACCCUUUCGUGCUGGUGCCGGUGUUAUCGGUUCAUGGAUUGGUUUAAUUCUAAAUAUUCUUUGUUUAAUUGCACAGUUUUAUGUUGCUAUUUGGCCUGUUGGUGAUAAUACAAAGCCAAGUGCAAGUGCAUUUUUUCAAGCAUAUUUAGCUGCACCUGUUGUCAUUCUAUUUUAUGUGGUUUAUAAAAUUAUCUAUUGGAAAACAAGUUCAAUUGUUACAAAUAAAAAAAUGGAUGUGAUAUCAGGACGACGACAAAUUGAUUUAGAUGAAAUUGAAAAGGAAAAGAAAGAAGGAAUACGUCAUCAAGGAUUUUUUAGACGAGUGUACGAAUUUUGGUGUUAG